AUGGCUGAGUCCAGUUUCCCCUCGCCUCCAGAGGAUUACUGUCCACUGUGUAUGGAUUCGCUGAGAGACCCGGUCACCAUCCCCUGUGGUGACACCUACUGCCUGGAGUGCAUCAAGAUCUACUGGGACCAGUUUGACCACAUGGGUGUGUACAGCUGCCCGCAGUGCCACUCCACCUUCACGCCGCGGCCCGUGCUGAGACGCAAUCUACCCGACGUAAACCACGAGCCGCGGCGCCAGCUCCCGGAGCUCACGCCGUUCCCGUACAUGCACCAGGAGUCCUUCUGCGACUUCUGCGUCGGGCACCGCAAAAAGGCCGUGAAGUCGUGCCUCAUGUGCCUGGCCUACUACUGCGAAACGCACGUCAAGCCCCACUACGAGUCGUCCACCUUCAAGAGGCACAAGCUGGUGGACGAGACGGGCCACCUGGACAGGAAGAUCUGCCCGCAGCACGAGAAAGGCCUGGAGCUGUUCUGUCGCUCCGACCAGAUGUGCAUCUGCGUGCUGUGUACUGUCAAAGAGCACCGCGGCCACAACAUCACCUCGGCGGAGGAUGAGCGCAUCGACAAACAAAAAGUUCUGGUGGUCACCCAGACUGAGGUCCAUCACAUCAUCCAGGAGAGGAUGAAGGAGCUGCAGGAGCUCAAACACAAUGUGGAUGUUCUCAAAAGCGGUGCCCAGCGAGCGCAGGCAGAAAGCGAUAAGACCUUCCACGAGAUGCUGCAGGCGGUGGAGCGCUGGAAGGCAGAAAUCCAACAGAUGAUAAUGGCCAACAUGCAGUCGGCGAUGUUGCAGGCCGAGGGCUACGUGGAGCGCCUGGAGCUGGAGAUACUGGAGCUCCAGCGCAGAGAUGCAGAGCUCAGGCAGAUCCUCGACACGGAGGACAACAUUCACUUCCUGCAGAAUUUUCCCACCCUGUGCGUUGCUCCUGUUGCCAUGGUGCCCAAAGUGCUCAUCAACCCUCAGUUCUCCUUUGGAGAGAUGAGCAAGACGGCCACCGAGAUGAAGGAGCAUCUGGACAACAUCUGUAAAAAAGAAUUGAGCAAAAUCUCAAAGACAGUGAGUGACACCCCGGUGUACAUCCUUCUGCCGAGAAACGGAGACAAACGACUCAAAGUUCCUUCCAGAGUUGAUUUUCAGGAGCCAAAAGCCAGGACGGACUUCUUAAGAUACUCCUGCAAGAUGUCCCUGGAUCCAAACACAGUUUAUAAAGAGCUGGUCCUGUCAGACGGGAACCAGAAGGUCAUGCGGAAGAAAGCGGUCCAGUUCUACCCCGACCACCUCGAACGCUUUGAUGGCUUCUCCCAGGUGCUGUGCAAAGAGCCUCUGGCUGGUUUCAGGUUUUACUGGGAGGCAGAGUGGAGCGGGGAGUUUUCCAUCGGGGUGGCCUACAAGAGCAUCAGUCGCAAGGGGAAGAAUUCAAACAGCCUGCUGGGCUACAACGACAAGUCUUGGAGUCUCCUCUGCUCGGACUCGGGCUACUCUGCCUGGCACAAUAAAGUAGACAAAGACCUGCCUGAAGCUCCCAGGGCCACGCGAAUCGGUGUGUACCUGGAUUAUGCAGGCAACACUGUGGCCUAUUACGCAAUAUCAGAGACGAUGGAGCUCAUCCACAGAUUUAAAGCUCAGUUCACUGAGCCUGUGUAUGCUGGCUUCGGUGUGGGCUCCUCUGUGACCCUCUGCAAGCUGAAGCAGAAUACCACGCCUCGCUAA